AUGUCUAAAAUCGCAAGGCUAAAUUUCGACAGUCGCCCCGACUGGGCAGACGAUGUGUCCGAUUCAGAGCAAAUCAGUGACCCUUCUGCGAUUCCGGCGCCUGUGACAACCGUGAACAAAGACGGCACCAAAACCACCGUUUCAUAUCGAAUCGAUGACCAAGGUCGCAAAGUCAAAGUGACCCGCAAAACUCGCACGACGGUGCACAAAGAAAGAGUGAAUCCCGUGGUGGCGGAGCGCAGAAACUGGACCAAAUUCGGGCUUGAGAAGGGCAAACCCAAAGGACCGCAGCCAGACACGACGUCGGUGGGCGAGAACAUCCUUUUCCGACCAAGCAGGGACUGGAAGAACGUGCAGGCCGAAGAAGCGAAGGCGGGCGGGGGGAAGGCGGAAGAGAAGAGUCUGAAGGAACAGCUUAGAGACAAGAAGGUCAAAUGCCGUAUCUGCCAGGGCGAGCAUUUCACCGCAAGGUGUCCAUUCAAAGAUACCAUGGCACCGGCGGACGAUGGAGCUGCCCCCGUCGUGGACCCCUUGGCCGAAGACGACGACGUUAAACCCUCUGGCGGCCUUGGUGGCGGAGGGAGCAGCUAUGUGCCGCCGCAUCUUAGAAAGGGCGCGCAAGGCGCCGGCGAGAGAAUGGGUGGUAAGUACGAGAGAGAUGAUCUGGCUACGCUGCGUGUCACGAAUGUCUCCGAAAUGGCUGAGGAGCAAGAACUCCGUGAUCUCUUCGAGCGUUUUGGCCGCGUCACGCGUGUCUUCCUUGCCAAAGAUAGAGAUACCGGUCGCGCCAAGGGCUUUGCAUUCAUUUCUUUUGUCGACCGAUCGGAUGCUGCAAGGGCAUGCGAGAAGAUGGACGGCUUUGGCUAUAGGCAUUUGAUCUUGAGAGUUGAGUUCGCGAAGAGGACGACGUAG